AGGAUGCUAGAGCCGGGGGAGCUGAGAACUCUGUGCUGGAAUGGUCUCCUUCAGGCUGGGCUGUGCUUGCAUUCUUCUCCUCUUAGUGUCACUGCUGCAGCCUUGAAUACUAGUUCCCUUUCCCUCUGCUGGCUCCGUGCUCCAAAGCAAACCCGUCUGGAAAAUCAACGCAGCAGAGGUAGAGGCAGAGGUAGAGGCAGAGGCAGAGGCAGAGGCAAAAGAGGGUAGCGGGAGGAGAAGUUCCCCUGGCAAAGUCUCAGAGUGGCAUUGGCUCGGCAAGUUUUCACGUCAUUUGCUUCCCCUCGCCUCCCUCUUCCUUCCCCUCCCUCAACCCCCCUCCCCCUCCUCAGCGAACUCGGAGCGCCCAUGGAGCAGGUGGAGAAGAAGAAACCCAGCUUGCAGCGUUGAGAUCUCCCGGACCCGGAGCCCGUGAUGUCUGGCCCCAAACUGGAGGCUCCCCUGCCUUGUCGGAACUGGUCAUCUUGUCCGGAGCUCAACAGGACUCGGGAACCUUUGGGGAAUCUCUCACUCUAUGACGAUGAGGAAUUGCUGCGCUACGUGUGGCGAGAAUACUUACACCCCAAAGAAUAUGAAUGGGUUCUGAUCGCUGGCUAUAUCAUCGUAUUCAUCGUGGCGCUCAUUGGCAAUGUCCUGGUUUGUGUUGCAGUGUGGAAGAAUCAUCACAUGAGGACUGUCACCAACUACUUCAUCGUGAACCUUUCCCUGGCAGAUGUGCUUGUGACCAUUACUUGUCUCCCAGCAACAUUGGUGGUGGAUAUUACAGAGACUUGGUUCUUUGGGCAAUCCCUCUGCAAAGUGAUCCCUUACUUACAGACCGUGUCAGUCUCUGUAUCUGUGCUAACAUUGAGCUGCAUAGCCUUGGAUCGAUGGUAUGCCAUUUGUCACCCUUUGAUGUUUAAGAGCACUGCCAAGCGGGCAAGGAACAGCAUUGUAAUUAUCUGGAUUGUCUCGUGCAUCAUAAUGAUUCCUCAGGCUAUUGUCAUGGAAUGCAGCAAUGUGCUCCCAGAUUUAGCCAAUAAAACCACUCUGUUUACAGUGUGCGAUGAACACUGGGGUGGUGAAAUUUAUCCCAAGAUGUACCACACAUGUUUUUUCCUGGUGACAUAUAUGGCACCUUUAUGUCUCAUGGUGUUGGCCUAUUUACAAAUAUUCCGAAAACUAUGGUGCCGCCAGAUCCCUGGGACCUCUUCAGUGGUUCAGAGAAGAUGGAAGCCUCUUUAUCCUGCUACCCACACCCGGGGAGGGCCAGGCCAGCAGACUAAAUCUCGAAUUAGUGCUGUGACUGCAGAAAUCAAACAAAUUAGAGCUAGGAGGAAAACAGCACGGAUGUUAAUGGUGGUCCUUUUGGUGUUUGCCAUUUGUUAUCUUCCGAUUAGUAUCCUCAACAUGUUAAAGAGGGUGUUUGGGAUGUUCUCCUAUACAGAAGACAGAGAGACUGUGUAUGCCUGGUUUACAUUCUCACAUUGGCUUGUCUAUGCCAACAGUGCUGCAAACCCAAUUAUUUAUAACUUUCUCAGUGGAAAAUUUCGAGAGGAAUUUAAAGCAGCAUUUUCUUGUUGUUGCCUUGGAGUUAACCCUCGCCAGGAUGAAAGACUUGCCCGAGGACGGACAAGCACAGAGAGCCGGAAAUCCUUGACCACCCAAUUCAGUAGCUUUGAUAAUGUAUCGAAACUUUCAGAACAUGUUGUACUGACGAGCAUAAGCACACUCCCAGCAGCAAAUGGAGCUGGACCACUUCACAACUGGUAUCUACAGCAAGGGACACCACCUUCACUCCUGUCAACCUGGUUGGAAUCCUGAGGAAAGACACUGAGAUGUGAACCAAUGUGCAAUCUCAACUGUUUUCUCAUUCAAAUCAAUAGCCAUUCUUCCAGAGACUGCCAUAUAAGUGCAAUAUGGAAAAGAUUGGACCAAAACCCCUCCGUGCCACUUUAUGGGUAAUUUGACAAAAGAUUCCUAGAGCUAUCAAUCCCAAAUAUUUCCUUUUUUAUAUUUACUGAGAGACUGAGUUUUGUGGAAGGAGACAGAUUUUCAAAAGACUGGCAGAGAACUCACAUACAAGAAAAUCUGGGAAUAGAAUUAUAUACCACAGUACAUAGCUCUCAACACAUGGAUUAAGGAAUUCUUCCAACAUGACUGAAUUUGGUAUGAUUACCAUAACAGGACAAAUGGUAAGGAAACAGGUGUCCAGAAACCCUGCCAAUCCUAUGGAACAAAACAGUCAACUACUUACAUCAUUAUGUGCUAAAGACACAAAAUGAGAAGACUUAUUAAAGAAAGGAAUGUCUUGUCAAUGUGUUCUACUUUAUACACUGUACAUCUUCUUAUUCCUCCUUUCCUGUCAUAAUAAUAAAAAAAAAUUGAAAGGAAUUUGCCAUUGUGUUGGUAAGUGUAGCUAGGUGAAUUUUGACCAUUUUAGAAUUCAGUUGACACUCUUUGUUUCUAAGUUUCUUCCCAAACUGGGAUUUAAACAUUUUAAUUCAUUUAUUCUUGGCAAAAGAUGACUUCCUGUUUCUAAGGAAAAUGACUUUUAAAGUCUCCAAGGCUCAGAAGGCUUUUUGGAUAUUAAAUAACUUUUUUUUAAAAAAUUGAGCUAAUUGUAAAGGCAUCAUAGGCAUAUCAAUUAUAUUUCAUUCCUAAUAUAUGUUAUUAUUUAAACCUUGGUACAAAAAUGAAGCAAAACUUGCUUUCAAAACACAAUUGAGAUAUAUUAAAAGAAAUUCUUAAAUGUCUGAGGCAGAAAGAGAAUUUAAAAACCCUAAAAAUUUUAAUGAAUCUGGUUUUUAACUGGCACUGUUUUCAUACAGCUAUAGUGAAAAAAAAAUUCAUCAUAUUUAAUAUAAGUACUCAAAAAUAGUUGUGCUGGGUUCUGUUCCAGUAGAAAUUGCCACUUCAUAUCAAUUUCUAUAUUUUAGAAAAUCUUCAAUUCAAGAUGCCAUUUUUUCUUUUACUUUUUAUUCUUUUGGUAUUCUUAUAAUUUCAUUCUCAAAUAAUAGACUAGAACCACUGAGUUUAACAACAGCUAGUUUUGAGAUAGUGAUUCAUGGAGUUCCAGAGGGGAAAAAAGAGAGACAUAGGAGAACAUAGAAAGACAGUGAGAUGUGGAGACUAUGCUUAACUGGCAUAUAUUUGUGUGUAUAGCACAUGUAUGUAUGUACAUAUCUAUAUGUGUAUGUAUGUAUGCAGAAGAUGCAGAACCAAAACCUUAAAAAAUAGUAUCAUAAAUAUAAACAUUGGUUUUAAAAACUACUCUUAUUAAAAAUAAAGAGAAGGGUAGAUUAGCCCUACUAUCCUUCAUGUAAUACCACAAAUACAUUUUCCUCAUAUGGCUUAGGUCAUAAUAGCUGCUUUUAGUCAAUUAAUAAAUAUUAAUUAAGCAUCAACCAUAUGAAAGGCAUUGAGAUAUGCACUGAGGAUACAAAAAAAAAGCACAAAAAAAUAGACUGCCUUCAAGCAUUUCACAAUAGAUGUGUACAUGUCAUACAAACAAAUACAUACAAGGAAAAGACUAGAAUUAAGAGGGGUUGGAAAGAUUUCAGGUACUUAAAGGAAGCCAGGAAAGAGAGGACAUGGAAAUGAAAGAGUACAUGAAGAGUAUUCCAAUUACUUCCAGGCAUGAAGGGUAUCCAGUGAAAAUGCCCAGAGCCAAGAUAGAUUGAGUGCCUGUAGAUAGAAACACAAGAAGGCCAUUGUCACUGAAACCAAGAGUAUGUGAUAGGGAUUAAGGUAUAAAAUGAUUGAAAGGUUAAAAGAAAAUAGGUUGAGUGUCUUUGAAUGCAUUUGUAUGUGAUCCUGGAGAUGAUGAGCAGCCAUUAGAGUUUAUUGAUGUAGUAAGACUUAUGAUUUAGGAAAUUUAUUUUGGAGAUUGAAUGGAAGAUAGAUUAGAAUGGGGAAAGACUUGAGGCAGGCAGAUCCAAGCAGGUUAUUGUAAUAACUUAGCUGUAAGGUGAUGAGGGCCUACACUAAAGCAGUGACAAUAUCAGAUGAAAGAAGGAGACGUAUUUGAGAGAGGCUGAAAAGAUGAAAUCAACAAGUUUUAGCAACAAAUUGGGAGGCAAAGAUGGUGGGGAGUUGAGAAUCUAUCAGGGAGUCUAUGUCGGGAGCUUAAGGGAAUGAGAGGAUGGUGUUGCCUUUUACAAUAACAGGAAAGUUCUAUUUUGAGGUAUGAAUGAUAUAUCCUUAAAUUUUUUUUUGUAUCCCACAUGCAUGUUAUCAUGCUUUGGCACAUAUUGAACAAAAUUAAUUUCUAAAUUUUAAGUCCUUAUUCCUGACCUGGACAAUUUCACAAAAGGAAAGCCAUUAAAACCAAUGGGAUUAUAACAACAAUUUUUAAUAUACAUAAUUUUAAAGUAAAAAAAUAGAUUUAGAUCUCCAUAAUCACAUUUCCUAGUCUCCUUAGUGUAGUAUAAAAUGAUUAUUGUUGUUGAUUAUAUUAUAAGAACAUUCAUAAUUAGGGUCACAUCUGAGUAACAGGAUAAAAUUAGUGCCUCAAGCAGAAUAUUUAGUGAUUGAGCACUUUCUCUCUCACUCUCUCUCUUUCUCUCUCCCCCUUUAUCUUUACCUCUUUUCCUCUUGUAUUUUUGUGGAACUGUGGCAUUGCAGAUGACAUAGAUUGGAGAGAGGUUGAAUUAUUUAUUCCUUUUGUAAUGAUUGUUACAAUGAAAAAGUAAGGAUAAAUACUGAGUCACAAAUAACACAAAUAAUCAAAUAUAAAAAUCAUGAAAAAU